CCGGGUUCAGCCUGGGCACUGCAGACACACGAGCGGAAAGCCGGGUUGCUGAGGAGUGCCGUGGGAGCCACCCGAGGGGACGUACCCGAGGUCACGUACACCCCACCAGCCCUUAGUGUGGAGCAGGGAACUGUUUAUGGUUCCUUUCACUUGAAACCAUGCAGAGAGCUUCACGCCUGAAGAAAGAACUGCACAUGCUAGCCAUCGAACCUCCCCCAGGCGUCACGUGCUGGCAGGAAAAGGACAAAAUGGAUAAUUUGCGAGCUCAAAUACUAGGUGGAGCCAAUACACCUUAUGAGAAAGGUAUUUUCACACUGGAAGUUAUCGUUCCUGAAAGGUACCCAUUUGAGCCACCACAGAUCCGAUUUCUGACUCCAAUCUAUCAUCCAAACAUUGAUUCUAGUGGAAGGAUUUGUCUAGAUAUUCUCAAAUUGCCACCAAAGGGUGCAUGGAGACCGUCCCUCAACAUUGCCACUGUAUUGACCUCUAUUCAGCUGCUCAUGGCCGAGCCCAAUCCUGAUGACCCACUAAUGGCUGACAUUUCUUCAGAAUUUAAAUAUAACAAGAUCGCUUUUGUCAAGAAAGCAAGACAGUGGACAGAGACUCAUGCAAGACAGAAACAAAAGGCUGGUGAAGAGGAGGUAGGCAUCUCAUCGGAGGUUGGUGACUCUGAGGAAAGCCACUCCACACAGAAAAGGAAGGCCAGGCCACUAGGAGGAAUGCAAAAGAGGUUUUCUCCUGAUGUUCAGAGAGUCUGUCCUGGUCCCUCUUAGUUACUGGCAGUCUGUGUCAAGGUGGUCUCCUUGCUUGCUUCUUUUCAAUGUUUUUCUUUGUGUUUGAUGACAAAUGUUUGUAUCCUUACAAAAGACCUCGUAUGUUUACGAAUUCUGCCAUGCAGCGAUUCUUUAAGAAUAGUUUGUUUUAUUUAUCUUGUACAUAUGUAUUUAGAAAACUUUUAAACUUGAAAAAUAAAUAAUACUUAAUGUUAA